CAACAUUUUAGAAACGAAGGGCCUGUGACGCGAAGCCGCUCUGGUACCACAGGUGACCGGCGAUGCUCUUCCACGUGUACACCCUUCUGACGCGGUUUCUGCUCGAAAUGAUGGAAGAGACGAGGCACAUGCUCGCCUACCGCCUCUUGGAAGGGGAGAUUCGGUCGAUGAACGACGUGGUCGAUCCCGUGGAGCCCGAGAUGGGGGUGAUGGAGGACGUGACUUCGGGAGUUUACGAGAUCGUCGCAGGAAUCCCGGAUGGAACUGACUCGAGAUGUUACCGUCCCUAUGGCUGCUACGCGAUCGGUCCUCCGUGGAGCUCCCCGACGAGACGCCCCGCGCUGUUCCCUCAGAAACCAGGCGAGAUCCGAACCUCCUUUUGCCUCUACACGCGGAGGAGACCUCGAGUCUGCAAGGACAUGAGGGAUGCGUUCCUGGCCCACGAAGACGUUAACGUGAUGAUCUUGAGUUGGUUCAAGGGGGCGGGCCCUCCCUACAGCCAGGCCAUGGCCAACAUCCGACUGAUCGGAGACAUCGCAGGACAGCUUCUCCACUUCCUCGGGAAGGAGACUGGUUUUAAGAUGGAAGACGUCCACAUCGUUGGGUUUAGUCUGGGUGCGCACCUCGCCUCGUAUAUCGGCACUUCCGUGAAAAGAAUGGGGGGGAAGGUGGGAAGGAUCACGGGGUUGGACCCGGCUGGGGUAGACUUCGAAGGAGAGGAUCCGGAGGUGAGGCUGGAUCCGGGGGAUGCGGAGUUCGUGGAUGUCAUCCACACCGAUGGAGGCCCGUACCGCUAUUCAAAUGGAGGUUUGGGGCAAGGGCUGAUGGAACCGCUGGGACACUUGGACUUCUACCCUAAUUCUGGCCUGGAAAUGCCCGGCUGCAACCACGCCUCUAUAAACGACGUUGUCGUCCAGCAAAACAUCUCAAUCAGCCGAGCUGUGAUGUACGUGACGGCUUGUAAUCACCUUCGUUCCAUCGAUUACUUCCUGGAAUCGAUGAAGAGCGACUGUCAGUUCCUCGCCUUCAGCUGCGCCGACUGGGACGAGUUCAAAAUGGGCUAUCACGCCGGGGAACAUAAGCACGAAGGCGAACCGAUGAAGCUCUACCUCUCCACCGCCGAGGCAUCUCCUUUCUGCAGGGUGAUGCACAGUGUGCGGCUGGAGUUCUCGCAGAUCCACGCAGACGGGGAUAUCCAAGCCAGUCUCCAUCUGUCGUCCGGCAACGGAUCCGAAUCUAAAUCCAUGUUAGUGCAAAUCUCAUUCAAACGAGAUCUCUUUGGCAGAUUAUAUGAUUGUUAUGGACAUUGA